GUUUAUGUUACUAACCAGGUUGGGAGUUAGCAUAGUCACAGUAAAGUUUGUUUUGGCUGUGUUAGUCUGCUUUCUUAAGUGUUGCAAACAAGGUUGGGAGCUUUAGGUAUUGUAAAUAUGCUAAUGUGGCUAGCGUGUAGGGUGUUACAAACAAGUUCUAGGUUUAAUCCAAAUUUCUUCUCUACCGCUACAUGUAGUCCUCCAAACUGAGAGAUAUGAAAAACUUAAGUUACUGUUUAUCCUGAAACAAGUGAAGCAAUGUAUUUCUCCUUCCCCCACAUUUGGGAGGUAGAUCACCCUAUCGGGGGAGGGCUAACUAGCCCUAAGCUAGCGCCUAAAAUGGCAUUUUGGACAGUACUACAGCUUCAAAGGCCCCUAUAAUUGAUAAACCAUUAAUUGACGGUGCACCUUAUAACCCGUGCACCCUAUAGUGUGGAAAACACAAUAGUUGGUUCUCUGGUCCCCUUUCCUCAAAAGAACCACCUCCCUGAUCUUCCAAGGAACUACCCCCGAUGACCACACCAUGUCGCAAAGGCGAGUCACACACAACAUCCAGAAAAUUGAGGUGCUCAUCUGAAGUCGUUGCAACCGAAGAGCAUUUCUGACUGCGUGGAUGCAUUACUGCUGUCACUAAAAAAACCCCGUUCCACUGAAUACAAUCUGGUUUUGCCACAAUGGAGAACAGCAGUCGUAUGGAGCAGCCAUGUUGAAAACCAAGACUGAAUUUUACAAUAGAAUUUUGAAUUAAAAGUGGUUUUCAAGAUAUGACACAAGAAGUGUGCUUAUUUUUUCUUCUAUUUUUUUUAGUAAAUGUUAUGUUAUAAGCUAUGGCUGUGAGUAAUCUUUAGUUAAAAUAAUCUUUUAUUUCUUUAAAUUUAAGGAUUUUGUUGAUUUGUUUAAGCAGCUUAAAGAUAAAAAAAAAUCCCAGUAAUUUUAAUUGCAAACACUUUCCGUUGUUUUUUGUUUUUUUUUCUCCUCCUGACUCAUUCUUUUUGUCCUUUCUUCACCCCCUCCCCUCCUCUCAUCCCCGCGCGCUGUGAUUUGGUAUCUCUGCUACACAGGCGGCGUUGGCACAGCGCGCGCGCGUUACCCGCGAGGUUUAUCUUUCUUGACUCGCUGGUGGGGCUGAGCGCGCGCGCUAAUCUGUGGCAGCUGGAAAUGGACAACAGAGGAGCUGCGCCGCCGCCGGACUCAGAAAUGAAGCAGCCAACUAAAAGUGAACUGCUGGAUAAAAGGCCUUCCUCAAAAAACAAGAAAGGCCGGGAUAAGGAAGAGCAAGACGAGGAGAAUGCAGGAGUCAAGACGGUUAGAGCUGGACUCAAAUCCAGGUGGGAGCGCCGCCACGGAAGCAGCAGCGCAACCAUGUGCCAAGUCUGCAACAUCCAGCUGAACUCCAGCGCUCAGGCACAGAUCCACUACAGAGGGAAGACUCACCAGAGGAGGCUGCGGCGGCUGGCGAAGGCGGUCCGGGCAGGAUGCACAGGUGCGCUGGCCCAGAAACAGGUCCACCCACUGCUGAGCGCGCUGCCUCUGCCGGGCCGAACCCUCCAAGCGCAGACCCAGCUGGAGCACUUCCUGCCUCUCAGGGUCAACGGCUCCUCGCCGCUCAGCCUCUUCCCCAAUUUCAACACCAUGGACCCAAUCCAGAAGGCCGUGAUCAACCACACUUUCGGUUUGGCUCACCCCAAGAAGAAACCCAUAAUAUCGUGUAACAUCUGCCAUCUACGCUUCAACUCUACGAUCCAAGCUGAGGCCCACUACAAAGGUCACAAGCAUGCUCGCAAGUUAAAAGCCUUGGAGACUCAGAGGACUCGGCAGAAGAGCGGACGCAGUCAGUCCACAACAGAGAGGUUGAUGGGAGGAGAAGCAGUGUCCACAGAUUUACAGCUAGAAGAUCAGACAGCUUCUAGCCUUCAUCCUGAAAACCCGCACGAAUCCUCUCCAGCAGCCAGUCCGCCUUCACAGACCCCCCCCACGGACCCCCUUCUUCCCGCCUCUCCUCCGUCUCCUCAAGUCGCCCCGACCUCUCGACUCUCCGACGCUCCUCAGGCAGAAGUCUGCAGCCCGACCACAAGCACAGAGGCACAGCCUCGAAGCUGCACGGGAGACGAAGAUGCAGCAAAGCAGGUGGAGAAGUCCAAAAGCAACAAAAAGCACAUCCACUGCCCAACAUGCAAAGUGACCGUCAACUCCAGCUCCCAGCUGGAGGCUCACUGCAGCGGGUCCAAACACAGACAGAUGCUGAGCGGUCAGAGAACCUGUCAAUCAAAUCGCAGGUUCAAGAUGCCGUUAUCGCCGAGACCCAAAUGUCGAAUGAAGCAGCGAACCGGCAGCAGAAGCAGAGCGGUGGUUGGAGUCACCAAGCAGGGCUUUCACUGUGAACUCUGCCAAGUGUCUGUGAACUCAGAGACGCAGCUGAAGCAGCACAUGAACAGCAGGAGACACAAGGAGCGUUUGGCUGGGAAGCCUGUCAAGACCAAGUUCACACCCAUCAAUAAACUCUACCCUAAUGCUUUCUUAGCGACUAAAGUGGCCCUGCAGAAGCAUCUGUCCAAAGUGCUUCCAGCGGGGCUCCUGAGCAGCCCGCUCAGUCCCGCCUUGUGCGGCAUGGCAUCUGGACCUUUAGCGCUGAGGUUGCCUCCCGGUCCUCCAGCAAUUAUUCAGGGUCCCCUCCUCAGCACGGCGCUCUUCAGACCGGCUCCGGGACCUUUGAGAGCCACACAUGCACCUGUGAUCUUCACUCCUUAUUAACAACAAGCACAAUUAAGUUCCGCCUUAGAUGAAGAAUUCAUGUUUUGUGACAUUAGUGUUAUACAGUGACUGAGGACAACACACAAACUGUACGCUCAGUCCUCAUCUCUGAGUUCUAAAAAUGGAAGGACCAUUUUCUAAAAAGGGUUAAAUAUAAACUUCUGAUGUUUGGACCCCUCAGCAAGCCAUACUGAUGAAAAGAUUUUUAUUAUUAUUUUAUUAUAAAUAAUAAAGAUAAACACAGAUUUGUUUUACUUUUAAAGCUUUUAAGUUUUCAUGAAAGAAAACAAGAACUUUUCAGAAUCAAAUCCAAACAAGA